UCUUAGCUUACCGAUCGAAGGGUAGUAAAAAUAGAAAUUCACCCAAUUUUACAAAUUUGGAAAUUAGAACCCCUCAAAAUUAAAGACAAAACUACGUAAGGAUCAGAAUGCUGAACAAAUUGGGCCGGAGUGGUGACGCCAGCGUGCGCUUCUUCGCCAUGGACGUUCGCUUUGGCGUGGAGGCGCGCAGCCUGCUCCUGCAGGGCGUGAACGUCCUGGCCAACGCGGUGGCCACCACUCUGGGCCCGAAGGGCAGGAACGUGCUUAUCGAGCAGCUGCUGAUAUCGCCGCGGAUCACCAAGGAUGGCAUCACGGUGGCCAGCAAUGUACAGCUGAAGGAUCGGCGUCUGAAUAUGGGCGCCCAGCUGCUCCGCCAAGCCACUAAUAACACCAACAACGACGUGGGCGAUGGCACUACCACGGCCACGAUCCUGGCCCGAGGAAUGGCCUGCCAGGGGAUGCAUGUGCUCCGCCAGGGUCAGCUGAACGUUCAGCUCCUGCGGGAAGGUAUUCUCGAGGGAUCGCGAACAGUCUGUGAAGCUUUGGGAGAGAUGUCCCAAUCGGUGGAUACAAUAGGCCAAGUGGAGGCCGUGGCUAAGAUAGCCCUGAAUGGAGACGAACGUCUGGCGGAGCUGAUUGGCGAUACCAUUCUGGAACUGGGAGAAACUGGUGUCAUCUUGGUUAAGGAGUCCCAUGGUCCCAACGAUGAGGUUAAGUUUCAGGAAGGCAUUACCCUGCCCUGUGGCUACUGUUCGCCCUUCCUUGCCACGAAGUGUGGCAGGGACAGCCGCCUGGAACUAGGCAACUGCUUGCUGCUGCUCACCCUGGCCAAAAUUGAUCAGGUCGAACAGAUCCUGCCCGCCUUGGAGCUGGCCCGGCUGAGGGAACAACCUCUUCUGAUUAUAGCCAAAGAUUUUGCCAGCGAGUUGCUAAAGAUCCUGGUGCUCAAUCACCUGGAGGGAAGAGUUCAGGUCUGUGCAGUGAAGGCUCCUGGCUUUGGUGAUGAGCAGCGCCUGGAGAUGCAGGAUCUAGCGCUGGCCAUGGGUGCCCAUUUGCUGGAGGAUGCCUCUUGGCUGGCCGAUCUCAGUGAGGGGGACCUGGGCGAGGUGGUAGCCGCUGUGGUGGAUGCCAAGGAAACCCACCUUUUGACCCCGAUCAAGGUGAACGAAGAGCAGGUGCAGUCCCGGAUUCAGCACAUCCGUGAGCUGAUCGAUGAGGCUUACACCGAGGAGGAAAUUGACCGGCUGAAUACACGGCUGGGGAGAUUGCAAGGCCAGCUGGCCACCAUCUAUGUGGGCGGAACCAGUGACCUGGAGCUUAGCGAGCGGAAGGAUCGCUUCAAUGACGCCCUGCACGCAGUGCGUGUGGCCAUCAGCGAUGGCGUUGUUCCCGGAGGCGGCACAGCCUACCUGCGGUGUAUUCCAGCUCUGGACAGAUUGCCGCCCGCCGAGGUUAAAGAGCACCAGGUAGGCAGAGAGAUUGUGCGGGAUGCCCUACGCCUGCCCUGCUACACAAUCGCCGCCAAUGCUGGAGUGAAUCCCAACGAGGUUCUUCGUCGAGUCCUAGAUGGCAGCGGAAACUUUGGAUUUGAUGCCGCCACCGGAAAGUUCGGCGAUCUUGUGGCCCGAGGAAUUGUUGAUCCCACGAAGGUUUUAAAAGCCGCCAUGGCGGAUGCCGCCGGAAUCGCCUCCCUUUUGGCCACCACCGAAGUGCUCAUCACCAAGCAGCCGAUCAAGCCAAAGAUUCCCAAAAACCAAAUCACCCGGGAUCUGGCUAGACUUGUUGGCAUGUAGUUUAACCAUUGAGGAAAAAUUAAUAUUACAUUUUUUGUAUGAUUUUUAUACCCGUAAUGAAAAAUAUAAACCUAAAUUUUAUGUUGAAAAAUAAAACAGUUACUUUAUUA